AUAAAUCUUGGAAUGGAAACAAUGGUAUCUAGUUAUUAUGACAUAUCAAUUACAGUUUGUAAUUGAUAGCUUCUAUUAGCAACUACCGUAGUUGAAAUCGGUUAUACCCUCAGCAAUACCCUCUUUGACCAUCGAAACGCGCCACGAUGCAGAUCUACUUCAUCAGCUUCUGUCUAGUGGUAAUUUCCGGCACUCAGCUGGAAGAAACCAUCGUAGAGUUGUUCCGAAGAUACACGCCUCCAAUUCAGCGUUGCCACAACCCUCUAUUGAUUGAGUACUUUUCGUACAACAAAGAAGCUCGAUACCUGCAGCAAGAUCUGAUCGGUCGACUGUUGAACCAACUGGAUGGCGAUAUGCCGCUGGUCCAGUUCAACGUCCGCGGAAAACCGUCCGUGAACAAUCUGAUCUUCGUCGAUGGGUACGAGUCAUUUCGGUGGUUUGUUACGCGCUGGAAUCGUCAGCGGUACGACAGGAGCGGAUACUACUGGAUCGUGCACCUGCAGUCGUUUGGUGAAGAUCACGACGUUGUUGAGCGAAUUCUGGAAGCCACGUGGGAGCUGCAGAUUCUGUACGCGGUGGUGAUCGUGGCCGAUUAUCAGGAGGAAAACGUUGAGCUGUUUACGUUUUGGCCUUACGCCGAUACCCACUGUGGGGAUGUGAAUCCAGUAAGGGUCAAUUGGAGAUCGGUGGAUUUGCUAGCAGACCGAUUGGAGAACUUCCACGGUUGUGUGCUCAAAGUUGGUGCCUUCGAGAAUAGGCCCUUUGUUCAGCUUGACUGGGACAAGCUAGGGAAUACGUAUAUGCUGGGAUUUGAGGGAUUGCUGGUGAAUGUAUUGGCUAAGAAGUUGAAUUUUACUGUGGAAGUCGUCGUACCACCGGGGAAUGGUCAGUGGGGAUAUUUGAAAAAGGGUGGCAGAAGUUCGGGCCUCAUGAAGCUUCUAAUGGAAAAUGCGGUGCACUUUGGAAUUUGCUCCAUUGGAUUCACCGAGGAGAGAACCAGCAUGCUGUCACCGGGAAUUCAUCACCACACAACAUACAUCGUAUUUGCUGUUCCUUCCGGAAGACCGUACUCUUCUUUCGAGAAACUGUUUUUGCCUUUUUCGUGGGACACGUGGUACGUCCUGUUUGCAACUUUGUCAGCAGCUUUGGUGAUCAUCAUGAUCAUCAACACAAGGUCGAAAUCUGUAAAGAACUUCGUGUAUGGUUCGGGAAUUCGUGGUCCAGUAACCAAUUUGAUCAAUUUACUACUCGGUGGACCACAAGAUAAAGCGCCCAGGGGUACAUUUGCCCGAACGUUGGUCGCUUUGUGGUUGAUCUUCACAAUGGUAAUCCGGACAGCAUACCAGGGAUCACUGUACAAGUAUCUCCAGGUGCCGAAGAACUUCUCUGUCCCGCGGACCAUGGAUGCGAUCGACAAGUCAGGCUUGGACUACUACAUGCUCGAACUGGCCGCCGAGUUCUUUUCAAACUACCCGGAAGUGCUCGCAAGAACAAAAUUCCUGCCCCACGACAAACCUCUCCUGCACGCGAUCACCAGAAUCGGCAGAGGUGAGCUAAACGGAGUCGUGCUGGUGCUGGUUGAUCAUGUGGCCUACCACAAUAAGUACUUCCCGGCGGACGAGUUUGUGCAGGUCACCAGCGAGUACGUGAUUGGUUUCCCGAUGGCGGCGGUCUAUCCGAAGCAAACCUUCCUGCGCGAUACCAUCAAUCGGGAGAUUCAAAUGAUCGACUCGUCCGGACUGGUGCAGCACUGGGUGGAGCAGGGCGGGGACUAUGACUUUGAAAGUGAUCGUCGCGGGGCAGCCGUAACGGUGGCACUCAGCAUCGGCAAUCUGAUUGGGGCCUUUCAAAUUUUGGCCGUGCUGGAGCUGGGAGCUGUGCUGAUGUUCCUACUUGAAGUUGGAACCAAAUGGAGUCGGGUGAUGAAACGAUCCGUUGAUUGGAUGGAGGAAGAAAAAAGCGAACAUGAUUCGGAGGUUCUUUUUGUGAAAAAGCACAAUGUUUUGAAAGAAUAAAAAAAAAACAAUUUGGUAAUUUUACUGUAAGUAAAAUCAAUUAAUUGUCUCGUAAAACCAACAUUUGCUUGUCUCAAAUUGAACCUCUUGCCUCCGAUGACUCACAUGGUCGAUUUCAAUUCAAAUAAUUUCAAACGGAACCAGGGAGAAAUUUGCUCUCUUUCA